AUGAACAGUAUUUCUUGGCCGUGGGGUGGUGGGGCGAGAGAGUGUUUCAUCUUUCCCAUAACUGUCAUUCCAACCUGGUCUGAGUCUAAGUCUGAAAGCGACGCGACUGCUCUUUGCUCCCUAAAUCGCGGCCAUCAAGAAAGUUCCAUUCAUUUCAAUCAACUUUCUUUUCUUUCCACAUACAUAUUCCCAGAAUCCUACGUAAGUGCAGAUGAUAACCCAGACGAAGUCAUCUUUCUACGCUUGUUGAGCAGGCAUCCAAAGAUAAAAGCUUGCCUCAGCCUUAUCUUAUCUGUCAUAUCCAGCCUCACCCCCACGGAAGCACUCCUGCUGCUCCAAGAAGUUCACAAUGAUUCAGAGGUAUUGGAUACUUUCCAGGUUUGGAAUGAAAGUUUGUUACAGGCUUCGGAUCCAAUCCGAGAUGAGCCGCACCCCACAUGGGAAACGGAUGGUCUGAGUUGUACCCUCUCCUAAGAUGAUCCGCGGCUAAGCCUUGUCGGUCUAACAGGGUUAUCACUUCCCUGG